AUGGGCCGACCGUCCAACUCUGAUAUUCCUCUCGAAUCCAUCGACCAUGGCGACCAACCUCCACUGUACAACGACGUGAUCGAUUUUUCAUCCUCCAGACCAGUCGAAGAAUCGAUCCCAGGUGGCUGGGAAUGCACUUGGGAGGGCAAAUUCGGCACCCGAACGCUAUCUCCAUCGCUCUCUAAGAAGCCAAGGGCUCUCUAUCGCCUCCUUUCCGCUCAACAUAAGCUGCCGCCGCAGCAUCAUGUCUACAUCAAAGGGCAGAAGGGCAAAGGCAACGACCCUAAGGAUAAGGAAACGGAUUUCGAUUUUAAGCUCGACUUGACACCCACACUGCUACGCCUGGGUGAGAAUGACAGUGAGUGGCACGAACUGCACGUUGUUCGAGAUGGCGACGGUAAAGAGGCUUUUCGCGGGGAGGCCUUUCCGUCACUGGAAUGGCAGCAGCCUCGAGGCCAAAGAAAUUGUUAUGAAGCUGUAGAUGUUGAGGCCGAGGGUUUGGAGGAUGAAACCCUCCUAGGCGCGGAUGUUGACGGCUCGAACGAAGGGACUCCGAGUCUGAUGGCCUGGUGCGAAAGAUUCUGUUACGACCCUGCUGGAGUGAAAUCAUUUACCUUCACACGAGAGCUUGAAGGAUUCGAUGCUGAGCCUCUGCGUUCUGAGCUGAAGGCGUACCUUCGCUCAAUCAAUUACCGUGGCCAUAUCGAAAUCGCAACUUCCGCGCGGCAGACUUUCAUUACUGUCUAUUCUCCGCAUUGGAUAAAUCACUUGCGCAAUAACUCCUUCGUCUGGUGGUUCUGCGUCCUCUCACAACUAUGGAUCAUCACACUGGUGGUGAUCACCUGUCUUGAACGACGCUAUCAGGUUGUGCACUCGGUUUGGAGGUCUUCUCGCGAGGUCAAAGAUACAUCGAUGCCGUCCGGUUCAAGGAAGAUUUAUGCACAUGGACGCGAUGAGACCAAGCUGGCAGAUUUAUGGGCACCCGCUGUCAUGCAGGCAGCUUGUGACCAGCUAGACGGGGGUGAAACCUUGAAAGAGGGAAGCAUACUGCGUCUCCAGCAGCGGGCACAGGAACGCAUGGAAAAUAUUGAGUCAUUUCUACCAGAACGCAAUGUGGCAGGGGACUCUGCGGCUGAGAGCACGCAGUCCGCCAGUCGUGGACCUAGGCUGGGUAUGGGACCUGGAGGGUACAACUUCCAGGCAGGAUGGGGUGGGAAUAGCAAUCCUACCAGCUCAUAG